GCGUGUGUGCGCGGGCGCGGACCUCCCCCGGGGCGGCAGGAGGUAACGGGUCGCCGGGCGCGCGCGCGCGCGCGCGCGCGCGCGGGCCUCUCCUCGGGCGAGGGGCCCACGGGGCAGCGGGUGUGCGGGUGCGCGGACCUCCCCUCGCGCGGGCGGGGGGUUCACGGGGCGUGCGGUGGAGCGCGAGGGUCGAUGCUCCCCCCCCAGCCCCUGCCGUGUGCACCCCCGCGCCAGCCAGUGGAGGGCCAGUGCGGUGGGAGGCCCUCGCGGCCGGGGUGACCCCAGGGCCAGGAGGUGUCCCCGCGCCUCGGUGGAUGCCCAGUGAGCUGCGGGACAGGGCGCCCCACAACUUGGUUUUACAAAAGAGGCAAAGUGUUCUACCUCUAGAUUUUUUCCAUUUUUUUUUCCCCGUACAUCAAAACAUCUCAAAAUGGAGGCCUAACACCCUUAAAAGGGACUUAGUCUGAUCUCCGGGAGGUAGUUUUGUGCAUGAAGAAACAAAUUAAGUGUGAACUGGAGUUUUUAUUAUCCCAAAGGAUGUUAAUUUUAAGCAAUACAGUCUAGUGGCAUGAGGUGUAACUACGAAGUCAUGAUGAUCUCGUCUUUGAAUUUGACUGGUGGAUAUAAAGGGAAGUGAUUGUAGCCAGAACAGAACAGAGAGAAGGAACUUGUGUUUGGUAAGACCUGAAAAUGAGCAACAGUUAUCUAGAACAAUAUUCACCCCUCUACUAAGUUAGAGAAGCACGCAGGUGAGGCCUCUGACAGGUCAAGAGACUUCCAUGGUGACAAAGAAAUGUCCAGAACAAGACUUUGCGGUGCCCCAAGUGUCGAGUAUGGCACACUAGCAUGGACGAUUGGUAAAGGAAUGAUCUAAGCACUUAUCUGAAUGUGCAUGUGUUAAAAGUCUCAAGUUCGGCUUGUUUGAAUGGGCUGUUAUCUCUGAGAAGGAUGACGGUGAGAAUGAUGGCUGGAUGGUCCAUUUUGGGAAAAGAACAGACGCACGCAGACACAGUGACUAGCCCCGGAAGGGUUUCUGCAGUAAUGUGUAAAAUUUUUGUCCACUGCUGAUGUUAGACACAAUAACUGAUCUCUGGAACAGAGCUACGUUUCUUAUAUCACCUGGAAGUAAAGAGCCAAAGUCGCAGCGGAAACCCCAACACCUGUGGGACCCAGGAAACUGCGCAGAAAUCACGGCUAGAGAAGCCACGAAGACCCGUUUGCAGAUUGUUGUUCAUGUUACUGACACAGAAACUUUUUACUGAUAGCUGGUCGUAAUUGAGGAACUCUGAACUUUCACAAGGUCUCUGUUUGGCAAAAGGAGGGGAUUGCGACAACGUAAAUUCAUUAUUUUCUUGUUGCGAUGAAUUCUGGCUCAAGGUAUGCUGUCUUGGGGAUUUCUGACCAAAGCCACAUUUUUACACUUCGAUUAUUCAUCUUAGUAUACAGACUCAGCCCUCUGACUUUUGACUGUUUUAAGAAACAAAUCCAUUGUCAGAAUAGAUUUGGUAGUGUCUUUCAACAGCGUGAAGCUGAGCCUAAAAAGACCAGUUGAACAAACACAUUCUUCUCUGAGGAUUUAUUUGAAAUACAGUAUUCAGUUUGCUAAGUUCUGCUGGAAUCACUAGGACUAAGUAAGCAAGCCUCUGACUAUGGGAAGUAAUUGUCGUUCAGGUAAUUUUGAAACAGGACUUAAGAUGCAUCAGCCAAUUCUGUUCCCACUUCAGCUCUUCAUUUGUAGGAAAAUUCUAGAUCGUUUUGUUUUCCCUAUUACAAAUAUUCUAGGAAGAAAAAUUACUUAAUUUGAGCACGAUUUGGGAUAGAUUGUAUUCCAUCGCAUCUAAGAUGUCACUAAUUGGAAAACACACCAUUAUUUUAUGUAGUUCCAAGAAAUAAAAGCCCUGCUAAUUAAAAUACGGUAUUUGUUAGCUGAAAGAUACCUCUUGGUAACAGAGGUGUUAAAAAGAUACAUCCUACAAUCAGUGAAAUGACCCCAAUGUACUUGUUUCUUCUGUUCAGGCAGGUCUUACGCUUUUCUUCUGGCUACCAAAUUUCAUAAUUAAAAAAAAAAGCAAAAUAAACAUAGUUUGGAUUUUUUUCUGUGGAGCACGUACAGGGCAUAGGUUUCCUCCCCGAAAACAGGCUGGCAGUGUGAGCCCCACGCCUGGUCUCCAGGCCAGCCGGGCACCGUGAAGCCCCCCCCGCCGAGGCGCUGUCCUGCCUGCAGGGGUACCCGACGCCGAGUGGCAUCUUGGUGACCUGAAGCGCUCCCCGCUUGUGCGCAGGGUUUUGAUUUCCACGACGAGGUGCCGUGUGCCAUCGUGCUCGCGCUGUGUGUGUAAAGAUUAUGGAAAAGUGCAGUUGCACACACUCUCCCCCUACCGCGUGUCAGCGUCGAGCUUAGAAUCUCACCAUGCGGAAGCCCUGAAUACACAGAGGGAAAGAAGGACAAGAGACUUCCUGUUCUGGGUGUCCGCCUAGUGAUAAAAGUAACCACCGUCCAGAGCCAUGCACAAAGCUACCUCCCCAGAGAAAGGCUGGUCCCUUUGCCACCCCGUCCGUUUCGUCAUGAACAUCGGAGCAAACAGCACAUUGUCAUCAAAGCUGCUGAAAGGCGGCACCGUGUCGGGGCUGAAAUACGACCACUCGUGUGAGCUGUACCGAAUGUCCACGUUCUCGGCCUUCCCCGCCGGCGCCCCCGUCUCGGAGCGGAGCCUGGCCCGGGCCGGGUUCUACUACACGGGCCGGAAGGACAGGGUCCGGUGCUUCUGCUGUGGCCUGACGCUGGACAACUGGAAGCAGGGGGACAGUCCCCUGGAGAAGCAUCGGAGGCUGUACCCCAGCUGCAGCUUCAUCCAGAGUCUAAAUCCGGUGAGCGCUUCGGGCGCCCCCUCUCAGCCCGCCUGUCCUUCCUCAGGGACGAGCUCCAGGCUCUUGCCGCCUCCCAGCGUGGAAAACGGGGGCUGUCCUAGCCGCUCCUGCGCCACCUUCCCGCAGAACCCUGUGACCUUCAGAGCAAACCAAGGUCUCUGUCCCCGGAGGACGAGUCCCCACCACCGUGCGAUGGAGGCUGAGGAAGCCAGAUUGCACUCGUUCCAGGGCUGGCCCUUGACCUUCCCGCUGCCGGAGCAGCUGGCCAGAGCUGGAUUUUACUACCUGGGCCCUGGGGACAAGGUGGCCUGCUUCGCCUGCGGCGGGAGACUGAGUAACUGGGAGCCGGACGACGACGCCCUGUCGGAGCACCUGAGACACUUCCCCUUCUGCCCGUUCGCAGAAAGCCGGCUUCAGGACACCUUGCGGUGCGCCGUGUCCAACCGGAGCAUGCAGACGCACGCGGCCCGCUCCCGAAGCUUCUGCAGCUGGCCCCCCAGCGUGCCUGUUCUCCCCGAGCAGCUGGCCCUGGCUGGCUUCUACUACAUGGGGCACAGUGAUGACGUCAAAUGCUUUUGCUGCGACGGUGGACUGCGCUGCUGGGAAUCAGGAGACGACCCGUGGGUGGAGCACGCCAAGUGGUUUCCAAGGUGUGAGUAUUUGAUACGAAUCAAAGGACACGAGUUCAUCAGUCAGAUUCAAGCCAGUCACCCCUGUCUCCUUGAACAGUUGUUAUCUACUUCAGACAACACAGAAGAUGAAAAUGCUGAGUCACCAAUUGUUCAUUUUGGGCCGGGAGAAAGUUCCUCCGAAGAUGCCGUCAUGAUGAACACACCCGUGGUGAAAGCGGCCUUGGAGAUGGGCUUCAGUAGAAACUUGGUGAAGCAGACCGUUCAGAGCAAGAUCCUGACGAGCGGGGAGAAUUACAAAACAGUCAGUGAUAUUGUAUCAGAUUUACUUAAUGCAGAAGAUGAAAUCAGGGAAGAGGAGAAAGAAAGAGCCACUGAGGAAAAAGAAUCAGAUGAUGUGUCAUUAAUCCGGAAGAACAGAAUGGCGCUCUUUCAACGUCUGACUUCCGUACUCCCCAUCCUGGAUGGUCUCCGAACUGCCAGAGUGAUUACUGAGCAAGAACACAGUGUUAUUACACAGAAAGCACAAACAUCUCUGCAAGCAAGAUUGCUGAUUGAUGCUGUGUUAGUGAAGGGAAGUUUUGCAGUCACCGUAUUUAAAAACUGUCUCCUAGAAAUGGACCCCGUGUUAUACGAGCGCUUCUUCGUGCAACAGGACCUAAAGUAUGUUCCCACAGAAGAUGUUUCAGGUUUGCCAGUGGAAGAGCAGCUGAGGAGGCUGCAGGAGGAAAGAACCUGCAAAGUGUGCCUGGACCGAGAAGUGUCCAUAGUGUUCAUUCCCUGCGGCCACCUGGUGGUGUGCCAAGACUGUGCCCCUCCCCUCAGAAAAUGCCCCAUUUGCAGGGGCCCAAUCAAGGGCACCGUCCGGACCUUUCUGUCGUGAAGAGGAUCCAAAACUGUUUAAACUUUAUAACUAACGGAUUCAACGUAUUGUAUUUUUUACUUCUAUACUGAUUUGGUUUCCUGAGGAUUUUUUUUUUUAAAUCUGUUUGCAGCUGAAAACCGUUCUAUAUAAACAUACACCUAACACAUAUGAACCAUACGUAUAUUAGCAGGAGAACACUGGGCUUUCGUUCCUGUGAACAGGAGUAGAGAGCGCACUCCACGCUCACUACUUAUUGAAAAUCGUAAGUGAAGUAAAACUUAAAAUUUUGAAAUAAGCUUCCAGAAUUUUAAACACGUUGGAGUUGUAUGAAGAAUCGGGAGAGCUUUGGGGGCGCCUGGGUGGCUCAGGCGGUUGGGCGUCCGACUUUGGCUCAGGUCAUAAUCUUACAGUUCAUGAGUUCAAGCCCCCGUGCUGACAGCUCAGAGCCUGGAGCCUUUCAGAUUCUGUGUCUCCCUCUCUCUGACCCUCCCCCGUUCAUGCUCUGUCUCUCUCUGUCUCAAAAAUAAACGUUAAUAAAAAAAAAUUAAAUAAUAAAAAAAAAAAGAAUCGGGAGCACUUUGGACCAGUGUCCUGUAUGUAGAAGGUCUUGAUAUUUGUUGAGCGAUUUUUUUAGGGCCUUGGUGGUUUUGUAAAGAAUGCUGUGAGGAACGUUUUAAUAAAAUCACCAACAUUC